AUGAGCAGCGCUGUGGUCCUCGCCCACCUCCCAGACCCCAGCAGCAGCUUCAGGGAAGACGCUCCCCGACCCCCUGUCCCGGGGGAAGAGGGAGAAGCACCAUGUCCUCAACUCGCCAGCUCGUUUCUCCCCAAAAGCCAAAGCUUCAAGGCCAUGCCGGUGCCUCCUGCCCCGCGGAGGAAUGAGAAUGGGCUCGGGGAGCCGGAAGGCAGCGCAUCCCCAGACUCCCCUCUGUCCAGAUGGACCAAAUCCUUGCAUUCCUUGUUGGGAGAUCAAGAUGGUGCCUAUCUUUUUCGGACCUUCCUGGAAAGGGAAAAAUGUGUGGAUACCUUAGACUUCUGGUUUGCCUGCAACGGCUUCAGGCAGAUGGACCUUAAGGAUACCAAAACUUUAAGAGUAGCCAAAGCUAUAUACAAAAGGUACAUCGAGAACAACAGCAUCGUCUCCAAGCAGCUCAAGCCUGCUACCAAGACCUACAUAAGGGAUAGCAUCAAGAAGCAGCAGAUAGAUUCCAUCAUGUUUGAUCAGGCACAGACUGAGAUUCAGACUGUGAUGGAGGAAAAUGCUUACCAGAUGUUUUUAACUUCUGAUAUAUACCUCGAAUAUGUAAGGAGUGGAGGAGAAAAUCCUGCUUACAUGAGCAGCAACGGACUGGGGAGCUUAAAAGUUGUCUGUGGCUAUCUCCCGACCUUGAACGAAGAAGAGGAGUGGAGCUGUGCAGAGUUUAAGAGCAAAAUCUUGCCUUCGGUGGUUGGACUAUCCAGCAAGACAUUGAGGGUUACGGCGAAUGUCAGAGCCACGGAAACGAUCGAGAACGGGUACAGGUCCUUCAAGAGGAAUGACCCUGUUAACCCAUACCAUGUGAAUUCUGGCUAUGUUUUUGCCCCAGCCACCAGCGCCAAUGACAGCGAAAUAUCCAGUGAUGCCCUGACGGACGACUCCAUGUCGAUGACGGACAGCAGUGUGGAUGGGAUCCCCCCAUACAGGAUUGGGAGCAAGAAGCAGCUCCAGCGGGAAAUGCAUCGGAGUGUCAAGGCCAACGGUCAAGUUUCUCUACCUCAUUUUCCGAGGACCCACCGCCUUCCCAAGGAGAUGACCCCAGUGGAGCCAGCUGCCUUCGCUGCCGAGCUCAUUUCCCGGCUGGAGAAGCUAAAGCAGGAGCAGGAAACCAUGGACAGUCUGGAGGAGAGGCUGCAGCAAAUCAAGGAGGACGAAGAGAAGGAGGGAUCGGAGCUCCCCACCAGCCUGCAGAGCAGUCGGGAAAUGGUGAACCCCCAGCACCCGCAGCAUGCUCUCUCGCUCCUGCCCUCCGGCAGCUAUGAGGAGGACCCCCAGGCCAUCCUGGAUGAGCAUCUCUCCCGUGUGCUGAAGACCCCUGGAUGCCAGUCACCCGGCAUGGGUCGGCAUAGCCCCCGUGCCCACUCCCCUGACCGCCUGCCAAUGGGCAAGCUGCAGCCCAGCGCAGCCUCACCGGCAGCGUGCGCCUUGGUGGGUAAGGGCUUCAUCACCAAGCAGACCACCAAGCACGUCCACCACCACUACAUUCACCACCACACCAUGCCCAAGACGAAGGAGCAGAUCGAAGCGGAGGCAGCUCAGCGGGUGCAGUGCUGCUGCCCAGCAGGCAGUGACUACUACUGCUACCCCAAAUGCAAGGGCCACCCGAAAAGCAUGGACCCCCCUCUCCCUUCGCUGGAGCCCUUCGGCAGGACGGGGACGUUGCCAAAGAGGCCGGGCAGAGGAGCGGAGAGCAUCACCUUGCCGGUCGGGGACGGGGUGCUGCCUGGCCCUGGCGGGGUGCAACUGCCAGGGGGCGAGGCGGACCGGGCACAGAACGUUUGGCAGUGGAUGCUGGAGAGCGAGAGACAGAACAAGCACAAGCCCCAUAGCACACAAAGCACAAAGAAGGCCUACAGCUCUGACUUCGCCAAGGGGGCCCCCGGCCGCCACCACCCAUGGGGGACCAGCAGCCACCCGCGUGGGGCGCAGCCUGCCCACCCCUUCGUCCAGGACCCUGCUAUGCCCCCGCUCACCCCACCCAACACCCUGGCACAGCUGGAAGAAGCGUGCCGGCGGCUUGCCGAGGUCUCCAAGCCGCAGAAGCAACGAUGUUCAACCUCAAAUCAGCAGAGGGAUCGAAACCACUGCACUGCCGUGCCGGGGGGAAGCUCCCCGUUCUGCAAUGCAAGUCUGACGACAGAAGAUCACAAAGAGCCAAAGAAACUGCCAGUUGUUCACACCUCUCACUCCAGUGAGUUGGUUGUCACCUAUUUUUUCUGCGGAGAAGAAAUUCCCUACAGGAGAAUGUUAAAGGCCCAGAGCCUGACACUUGGGCACUUUAAAGAACAGCUGAGCAAAAAGGGAAAUUACAGAUACUACUUCAAAAAAGCCAGCGACGAGUUCGACUGCGGCGCGGUGUUUGAAGAGAUUUGGGAAGAUGAAACCAUCCUGCCCAUGUACGAAGGAAGGAUCCUUGGGAAAGUGGAAAGAAUCGAUUGA